GGUCUUUUUGUAAUGUUUCAACCUCGGAAACUGUGCAGGAAAGGGGGAACACUUUAUAGCUCCUUCCCACCUCUGAUUUUGUUUGUUUAAUUAAAAAAAGAUAUGCAUGCUGUUCUGCUUUAAGCCACUAUACUGUCCUGACCGCUUGGCCGAUGUCAAUUGAAAAGUGAUGAUGGUCGUAUAAUGCAGCAUACAGAGGAUCUGAAACUGCGAGCUGGAAGUCAGACUACGCCUCCUCGCCCUGUGCGCCCUGGACGCACACACCGACAACAGCCCAGACCCAUAUAGGAGGAGCUGCUGUUCAAACUCAAACUUCCCUGUCAAGUUUGUGGGUGUGAUGAGGACGUGAAGGUGCAAGCCUCCAGACAUUAGACCAAAGUCGAUACGCCUCUCUGUCUCUUUUUUCUCUCUCUCUCUCUCUCAUGAUUUCUUGUUCUUCUGUGGUAAAAAAAAAAAAAAGAAAGAAAAAAAAUGGAGGUAUGAUGCCGUGCGUAAAAGUGAAAGGUCGGUGGACACAAUGGAUUCGUUAUUCGGCAAUGAAGAAGGCGCGUUGAUGGAAAGUGUCUGUGCUUUGGAACCGAGAGGAGAAUGUCUGCUGUGAACGAGUCGCUCGCAGGAAUGGACGCCACGGCGGAACAGACGCCUUCGCGUUCGCUCACCAUCCCGGCAAUCAUGUUUGUAAUCGGGGUGAUUGGAAAUGUCAUCGCCAUCGUAGUCCUGCGCCUGUCGCGGAAGGAGCAGAAGGAAACGACCUUCUAUACUCUGGUGUGCGGGCUGGCGGUGACAGACCUCCUGGGCACCCUGCUGGCCAGCCCUGUCACCCUCUUCAUCUACGUGAACAACAACUCGCUGGAGGGAAAGCUGUGCCAGUACUCGGGCUUCAUCCUGCUCUACUUCUUCUUGGUGCAACUUAGCAUCGUGUUCACCAUGUCCGUGGAAAGGUUCCUCGCAAUAAAUCAUGCCUACUUUUACAACGAGUUCGUCAACCAGAGACUAGCCGCGCUGACGCUCCUUGCCGUGUAUGUGUCGUGCCUCGUGUUCUGCGCGCUGCCCGUCGCCGGGAUCGGGGAGGUGAAGGUCCAGGAGCCGAAGUCGUGGUGCUUCAUCGACUGGCAGAGCAACAAGACCACGGUGAGAACUUUCAACCUGAUCUACGCGGGAGUGAACUCGGUGAUUGUGCUGGCCACCGUCUUCUGCAACGUGAUGGUGUGCGGGGCGCUGAUCCUGAUGCACAGGCGCUUCAUCCGCCGCACCUCGCUGGGCACGGACCCGCGGCGCAUCGCGGAGCUGCGACGCCGGCGGAACUUCAGGCGCUUAGCCGGAGUGGAGAUCCAGAUGGUGGUUGUGCUCAUCGGAACCUCCGCUGUGGUCCUCAUCUGCUCGAUACCUUUAGUUUUGAGGAUCUUCGAAAACCAGUUGUUCUCAAACCCAACAUCGCAGACUUCUGGGUUGAACAAGAACCUCAUAGCCAUUCGCAUGGCCUCCGUGAACCCCAUCCUAGACCCUUGGUUCUACAUUCUCCUGAAAAAGACGGUGGUUCUCAAAGUCCUGGAGAAGAUCAAAUGUUUGUUCUGCAAAAUGGGCGGGCGGGGACGACGGGGAGGAGGACGUUUUCGUUGUGCAGAUGGCGCCCUUUCCUCCUCCAUUAUCUCGAGGGACUCCCCUUCAUUGAUAUCCCGUGAGCCGGGAGAAAGAGUCAGUACCCUACGGACCGUCCUGUACCCGAAUGACGGGAACACGCUGGGGCUGGCCUCAUUUAAGGCCGCGUCCGAGGACGGCUACUGUCCAGUGGCUGCACAGACAUCGCAGUGUGCACAGGAGGAGCCGCAGCCUCAGAGGGAGCUAGAGGACAACGAGGCAUGUACGGCUGACCUUCCAGUCUGUCCUAAGGACACGGCUCUGCACGUGACCCUCACAGACAAUACUGCAAACACGCAGGAAAAAUGCAUAUAACCAUCGUCAUGACCUCGGUGUAUUAUCAAUGUAUUACUCCUCAGUAGUGAUUCCCCGCAGUUUAUUCAAAUCACCGCAGUUGUAACGUACAAAUCCACGGACAUCAUAGAGGAGCUCUUCUGUUGCACUUUGAAGACUUUUGAACCACUGCUUGGCCAUCAUGAAUGACAGGCAAUGACUGUAUAGCAUCAAUGUUAAAAUGUGAACAGCGUGUUAAAUUAUUUAAAGUAUUAAAAUGUAUGCUAAUGUCUUCUCUGUGAGAAGGUUUCGAUACUUCUGUGCCAUUUUGCAUUUCCAAAAGAUGAAUAUGCUUAUAGUGUGUUUGGAUUUUUGUUUCUUUCCCGUUUACGUCUUGACACUUGCAAACAGGCUGUAUUAUUUCAAAGUGCAUCCCUGACAUUGCUAGACAUAUAGUAUUUUUCUGCAUUUCAUACCAAAAGGCAGCUAUACUGUGGUUUUUCCACAGUAAAUACACUAGAAGAUGACAAAAAAAAACCUUAAUGUGACUAUUGUUUUAUAACAUUAUUCAUUUGCUUAUUGUAGCGCACUACUUUGAAAGAGUCCUAUCUUAUUUCGGCUUAACGUAAAGUGCAGGGCGUCCUAUCUAAUUUGACUGUGUGGUGAUGUUAAGAAAGGGGAUUAAAACACAUCAAGUGUCCUGACAGGUAACAUUGUUUUUGAACACUAUUCUCUUUGUGCUGCUAAAAACAUUAUUUCGAUAAAGGUCUACAUGCACCUGUUUUUUCAUUGAACAAACGCCAUAAUGUGCUGAACUCCUCAAAUGAAAAUAAAAAAAAUUGAUUCCUAAGAAUGCUGCUUUAAUUGCAUUAUUCACAAAAAAAACAGGAGCAACAAGAAGAUCUAUUCCUUUUUUUUCCCUUUGCUGAAGAUAAAGAAUAAUCCAGAACAAAUGUAUUUACAUUGAUCCCAUCCGUCUCACAUUAGCGGCAACCUCAUCUUAUCCAGUCAACUGAGCAAUCUCUGAUAUCUUCGCAGAAUAUCUGUAGAGGUUAACUUUCACAGGUUUUUCCUACUCAGAUUGCUUAGAAAUGCAAUUGGCUUUGCUGGUUAUCAGUUUAUAGGGUGUUGGAUACAAAUGUUCAACAGACUCCUCAAUAACAAUAACAGUUGAAACCAGAUGUUCACAGACACUGCAAAAAAACCCCAAAAAACACAACCAUUUUUCUCACUGUUCCGUUGGAAUUUACCAAAUUAGCAUCUGGUUUCUAAAUACCAAAAAAAUAUAGAUUCUUUAAUAUUUUUAUUACUUUCCUCAAAGUCAGAAGUUCAUGAAUUUAUAUGGCUCAUGAAGCUUAAUAUGGCUUUACAAAAUGUAUAAACCUUCAUGAAGAUGCUGGUUAAAGCUACUAAGAGUGUUAUUAUUCACAGUGAAACAAGUUCUGUCCCAAAAAGAAAGAAAGAAGCCAUUACUCAUGAAAAAUACAAUUUGCAAAUGGAUUCAGCCACUAAAGCCUUCAUUUCUGGAGACAUGUCCCAUGGUAGAUUGAACUACUUGGCAAUAAAAACCUUUGAUACAGUUAAGAACAAACACAUUGACGCUUACAUGGAAAGACUACAGUAUAUAUACAAUGAUCGUAAACAUUCAGCCAAAUUUGUACCAAGUGGACAUAAGACCAAAUCAGUGCUUUGAAUGAUUGUUGAAUUAUUUGGCCUAAAUCCAGAUUGGUGUGGAGAUAAGCUAUGUUCAUCAAAAUAUUUAGAGAGUUGAUUAAAAAUAAUUGUUUCAAAUAUUUUUGCUAUGUUAUUAAUAAUUGAGGUAGGUCUGUUAGGGUCCGCCCUUUAUAAAUGAUGGUUACUCUAGCGUAUUUCCAUAAUAAUGGGGUUUGACCAGUUUUUAAAGAUAAAUUAAACAGACAAUGGAAAUGAUAAAACAUAAGAUGAUCUCACCACACUGCAACGACCUGCUGAACCUCAGUUGGUGUGAUUUAUUUCAGGCAUGAGAAAAACUGUCAUGAACUGUGUUUUGCUGUGUGUUUAUUUUGAGUUUUCUGUGUCUCUGAGUCUCCCUGUUGUCCUGUCUCCCUUU